AUGCCUUCAUUUAUACCGGGACUGGAGUUGAACCGCAAAUUUCACGACCAUGUAGUACGACCACUAUUGGCAGCAGAGUUCCCAGACUUGCAGUACGAUGCCGCCCUUAUUGGACCUGGAAGUGAGGUCCUCGGCUUUGAUACCGAAAUGUCUAUGGAUCACGACUGGGGGCUUCACUUCUUCAUAUUCGUAAGAGAGGAACACCAGGAGCAAUGUCAAGUAAUCGCAAACAUGUUGAGCCACAAGUUGCCUGAAUCAUUCCUUGGCUUCCCCGUCUCAAUACCACCCGUAUCCCCAAAACCCGGCGUACGAGUUCUCGAUGACGAGCUUCCAGGCCCGAUCAAGCAUCACAUUACGCCCAUGACACUAAACACAUUUGUUGUCCGGCACCUUGGACUGGAUGUGACAAAGGGUCUUGAUUCUGUUAGUUGGCUGACGCUCCCUACUCACGCUAUAGGAGAGGUGGUCGCUGGUGAAAUAUAUCACAGUGGCCUAGGCGACCUCUCACGGCUUCGGGAUAAUCUCUCCUGGUAUCCCCAUGAUGUGUGGUUGUAUCUCCUCGCUUCAGGGUGGCAACGGCUAAGCGAGGAAGAACACCUAAUGCCACGAGCUGCAUAUGCUGGUAGUGAACUCGGGUCAGCACUCAUCGGCUCACGACUGGUCCGAGAUGUAAUGAACUUAUGCUUUCUCAUGGAAAGGAGGUAUGCUCCGUAUCCGAAAUGGUUUGGCCUGGCAUUUCGACAACUUCAGUGUGGACCACUGCUGGAACCCAUUCUGUUGGGAGCACAGCAGGCAUCGACCUGGCGUGAGAGACAAGAAUUCCUUGCUCAAGCCUACGAGGUUUUAGCAAAGAAGCACAAUGCGCUAGGAAUUGGAAAAGCCCUUCCGGAUAAGGUGUCUUAUUUCCAUGACCGUCCGUUCAAGGUGGUUCACGGAGAGCUAUUCGCAGAAGAGGUUUUUAAGCAAAUUACUGAUGUCGAGGUGAGAAGGAUUGCUGCUCAGCAGCCUAUUGGUAGUUUAAGCCAGUGGGCAGACAAUACUAGUCUGCUGGACGGAAAAUGCAGUGAGAGGAUAAGAGGAUUGUAUGAGUAG